UGCGCCGGCGCCCCUUCGCUGACCGCGGGGUGGGGAGGGGCGGGGGAGCGGGCGUGGCCUGUCGCCCUGACAACCGCGAGCCGCGUUCCGGCGCGGCAGAGUUGAGACUGGUGCCCCUCAGCGAGGGUCCUUCUGCGCUCAUGAGGAGGCUCGCCUGAAAUUUGAAAAAGAAGAACUGGAAAGGCUAGAAACACAGCGGGUAGAGAAAGAGAAAUGGCGUCAACUGGAACAGAAAUCUUUCAGAUACUGUGGCAUUCUUGGACACUGCACCUCAACUAAACAGAUGGUGGCUGCUGCUUUUUCCUCUUUGUGACAGAGCUGUGCUGUGUUGUGGAAGCUAGAAUCAAACUUCAAUCUCAAAUAAUUCUCCUGCUUCAGCUUCCUGAGUAGCUGGGACCCCAGGCACACGCCACCUUCAGCUUUACAAGACAGAGAGAGGAGAAAUGAAGAACUUGAAGAACUUUCUUUGUUAGAGAGCUGUUUUCCUGAAGCAGAGAAACUGAAACGGGAAACCAGAGCACUGGCUCAGUGGAAGCAUUACACCCAGUGUGACGGGAGCCCCGAUCCUUUGGUUGCUCAGGAGAUGAACACCUUCAUUAGCUUGUGGGAAGAGGAGAAGAACGAAACCUUCGAGCAAGUGAUCGAGAAGAGUAAGCUGGUGCUGUCUUUGAUUAAGAAGCUGAAGUUGAUUUUACUGGAGACUCCGCCAUGUGAUCUGGAAAACAGAAUUAUUGCACAGCAUCAAGGGUCAAUUCUGCGUCUGCAGGAGCUCCUCAGCCUGAAGAUGGACGUGGCCACUGAACUGCUUCUCCGAGUACGGGAAGCUAGUACCUUAGUGGAUGUGGACAGUGGGAACAUGGAAAAAAUCAUUCAAGAUGAGAAUGUUAGCCUGUUUGUGUGGGCAAAUAUCAAGAAGAAUCCCAGGUAUCGAAGUGUGAAAUUCUCUGAAACACAAAUUGGAUUUGAAAUCCCGAGGGUCCUGGCUACAAGUAACGUCGCUCUUCGCCUCCUAUACACGCGCUAUGACCAUGUCACCCCCCUCCGUCUCACUCCUGCCACUGAAGAGGACUAUGAACCUAUGGUAGUGGAGCCUGUCAAAAAAGAAGAGCCUAUAGAAAAGGCCACCACUGAAGAAAAGACCGUCAUUGAAGAAAAAGCCUCCAUCCAAGAAGUUGAGCCUGAGCCCAAACAAGAAAGAGAGUUUAGCUUGGUCCAAGAGGAGGAGACCAACUUGGAGGUGCUAGAGGAGAUAGAAGUAAAAAGGACUUCUGACCAUGAGGAUGAAAACUCGGAAACCAACAAAUACGAACUGGAGAUGCGGUUGCUAAGUGAAGCUGUCUCAGCAGCACAGCUGCACCUGGUAGAGAACAUCGUGGAUAUUCCAUAUGCCUUUGAAAAAUUCCAGGUGGAUUUGUGUCAUUUUUCCACCCUGGGCGGAGUGUACCACCUGGAUAUCCUGGAGCUGCCCCCUCAGUACAAACCAGUGAAGGGCUGGGUGCUAGUAGAGAUACGCCAAGAAGGAUUACAGAGGUUUACAUAUCCUCCAGAAACCACAGACGAACCCGAUCCAGAAAAUGCCUUUCCACCCAUAGAGGUCACCCUGGAGGUCCACAAGGAUGUGAUCUUCUUUGAAGACCCCAAGGUCAUAAGGUGGGACACGGAAGGUACAGCCAGGCACCAAGAAGGGCAGCGGCAAGGGAUCACAGCAGGUAAACGCUGGAAAACAGACGGCAUCAGCUGUGUGUAUUACGAUCGAGAAAACAGGCUCCUAACCUUCAAUUUGGACACUUUGGGACCUGUGGCCUUGAUUCAAGAUGCCCAUAUCAACAUGCCAUACCAGUCCUGGGAACUGUGCCCCCUUGAUGUAAACAGAGUUGUCCUGACUGUGACUACGUUGUUUAUUGAACUCCAGAUACACAUCAAGGAAAACCUCUGCAUGUUAGCGUCAGUCAAACUGAAGGGGCAAGAGCAUCAGUGUCAUUUAGAAGGGAGAUGGAUGACCCCCGUGCCCUUCAUCCUGGCUCUGAAGGAAGCAGGGCUGAAUAUCUUCCCGGCCCUGUACUCACACUUCUACGUUGUGGUCAACAAUAAGGUCCCCCUGGUGGAAGUGAAGGCCUAUCGGCAAAUAGCCCUGCUGAGCUCCGCCUUCGUGUUUCGCUGGAGCAAGUGGAACAUGGCAUGCAACUCCACCAAUGUCGUGAUUAAGGUGAAGGAGUACCAGGCGGAAGGUGCAGAGAACCGUCCCUGGUCCCUCCUCAUGUUCAGCGGUGACAGAGCACAGAUUCUCAGGAUCAGAGAAGACAGCGAUGUGUUCUCUGAGGCCCUCAAGGACAACACUGAGUUCCACUCUACCUUGUACCACAUGGUGAAGGACUUUGCCUCCCCAAGGGCAAUGGAGAGGGUGAGGUCUUCAGACAGCCUCUUCAUCGACUCGGUGUGCCAUAUGCUGCUGUCCAUCCGGGUCCUCAGCUACUCGUAGUCUUCACAGCCUGGGUGAGAGCUGGCGGGACCUUCAGGCCCCGGAGCAACCAGGCAUCUCUCCAGGUGGUUGAUGUCACAAAUGACCCGAGAAAACUCUAUUCAGGCUUCACUGCACAAAGAUUUGAAUGGCUCUUUAUUAUGGUACAUUUCAAUAAAAUACGAUGUCUCUCUCA